UUCCUCAGAUGCUGAACUCCGUGUAUUAGGUGAAGGACUAUGUUGUAAAAAUCUUUCAAACUGUUUAUUGUCGGUGACUCGGUUCUUCUCCCGGUUCUCUGCUCGGUGUGUCCCGGGCCCGUGACACCGGCUGCUCCUGGGGACUGUGGCCGCCCCGGGUGGGACAGUUCCGGGCAGCUGCUCCGAGGUUUUCUGCUCUGACUGGAGGUUUUUACCAAGUUAGCUCAACAGCUAAUCCCAAAAGUCGCGUCACCUGUGCGGACCCGAAUGAAAAGUUUCCCCGGAGACGGUGAAGCACCGCGGGACGUUCCACUCGGAGCUGGAGUGAAACUUCGUGCGGAAUUCUUCACCUUGGCUUCGGAUUUUAGUCGCUUUUACGCAGCCGUUAAAUUUGCGUUAGAGAAGCCAGCGACUGACGCUCAGCUGCGGGUCUUUAAUGUCCCUGAGCCGCGGGGACGCUCGGUUCAGGUGCUGUUAGCGGGGGGAGAUGCGGUAGAGGGCGGGAGGCGCCGCUCCUCUGCCCGCUGACUCUGACACUCCGGGUCCGCUGCUCUGAGGCCUGCGGGUCAGGCUUCUACCGGGCUCGAGUAGAGCCCGACGCCGCCUUCAGAGGGUCGCAGGCCGGCUGGGGGCGCUGCCGCUGCCGGGCCCGCGCACCAGGUCAUGGAGCGGAUGGAGGUGGAUCAGUGCGCAGGCGCAGGGGGCGGGGCGCUCCGCAGAUCCAACAGCGCCCCCAUGAUCACCAGUGUCAGUGAUGGGAUGACCGUCUUUAGUCCCGUAUCCUCUGCUCGAUACCGACGCAGCAGCGUUUCCAUCAACCCCAGCUGUCCGUCACAGCUCAUCCCUCUCUCUCCGUUCUCUCUAAGCGGAGACAGACUCGACCAGAAGAGACAGGAGGAGAACAUGGAGACAACGCUUAGAGGAAGUCUGCACAGGCUCAGUGCUUCCAGUCUGAUUCCGGUUCCUCCCGUCAGUCAGUGGCAUGAACACACUUCAACUUGGUUUCAGUCGCAGGACAGCGGCGUCACACCAAACUCCUCCCCUAGUCCCACCCGGCGGUUCAGACCCACAGUCAACACCACAGUCAGGGUUCCUGUACUGACUCCACUGAAGAGGAAAGGUGGAGUCGAGUCCGACGGACCACCAAAGAAGCUUUUUGUUGCAGGGAUAACAGACCCCGCCCACCGCAGCAGCUACACGGUCAGUGUCUCUCAGUCGACGGCAGAGCCUCCACCAGCAGGGGGCGUCAGUCCUCAGUCCAGCCCUCUGUCCCUCUCCCCUCCCCCCUCCUUCACCCACUUCAGCUCCCACCAGCAACCUGGACAUUAAACCCCGCCCCCCAACACCCGCCCUCAUCGCACCUUAUCCAGUGUUACUGUAAGUUCCGCCUCUUCCUGUCACCACAUUUGAUGGACAGAAGAACCACAGGAAGUUCAGAAGUGACAGAGACAUUUCUUCACUUUCAGUUCAGCUCGUUGUCAUGGAAACUCUGAGACUGAAUCAUCUGUUUGAAAAUAUAAUCCCAGUUUCACUCUUCAGUUAAUCUCAUGUUGGACAAACAUUUGUCGAACAGAACGACUUUUCCUUCCAGAGCAGGUCCUGACAGGAGCCCGGCCCUGAAAUCAGUCGACCGACGUUCAUCGGCGUCAUGACAACAACAUGAAGACAGUUUGGAGAAAGUCGGGACACAGGCCGGAAGUCUGUUUCUGUGAAGACGCAUUCACAGUUGGUUUGUUGUCACAGAGACGAGGUGUUGAACCCGAGAAUCAACGUGUUUGAUUCAGAUACGAAGAGGAAGUGAGUUUCACACGUUGAGAAGCACACGACCUGAUGUUCAGCUCAGCGAAGACGUCCUGGCGCUUUCUCUGACAACGGGACAAUCAUGUCCAACAUUGAAAGAGCCCGAGACUGAUCUGACUCGUCGCUCUAUAGUUUUAUGAAGGCACAGAUCGUCUCUGAUCGAUUAUUGGACGUUUCUGAAGAAGCUACAAAAAAGUCUUGAGUUCUUAUCAAGACUGAAAGAAGUUGAUCUGAAUCGUCCCUAAAGGAGUUGAAGCACUUCAGGUUCCACAGAAAUCAGUCCAGUCGACUCCUGCAGGAAACAAACGGAACAGAAGCUUUACGUAUUAAAACUUUUAUCAAGAUUAAUUCAGAAAAGGUCCUGAAUCCGGCAUCAUGAGGGUUCGUGAUUCAUCUGUAGCAAGAAAGACAGAAAAUAAAGACGAGGACACGUCUCCACUUCCUCCUGAAAUGAAGCUUAAUAUCUCAGAUAUGAACGCUGCCAUCUUGUGGUGAUGACGUCAUUACAGUCAGAGUCUGUGCAGCAGUGAUCGAGGGGUGGAGCCGUGGUAUCAGGGUCCCGCCCACACACUCAACCAAUCCUGAGUCAGUCUCAG